CUGUACCGCCGGGUGUCCCGCGGGCGCUCCCGGCCCCCUGUACGUCCGGGCUCAGUGUCCGCGUCCCACCGUUCCUCGCCGGGGCUGCGCGGGCUCAGUGUAAACCCCGGGAUGGAGGCUGCUGGAGGCAUGGUGUCCACUCCCAAAGCACUGCCCUACUUUGUGGCUCUGUCCCAGAUUCUGGGCCUGACUGUGGUGGCUAUAACCGGAGCGUGGCUUGGCCUCUACCGUGGUGGCCUUGCCUGGGAGAGUGCCCUUCAGUUCAACGUGCAUCCACUCUGCAUGGUCAUAGGCAUGGUCUUCUUGCAGGGAGAUGCUCUACUAGUUUACCGGGUCUUCAGGAAUGAGGCCAAGCGUACCACAAAGAUUCUGCAUGGGCUGCUGCACAUCUUUGCUCUUGUCAUCGCUUUGGUCGGACUUGUGGCUGUGUUUGAGUAUCACAAGAAGAUGAGCUAUGCUGAUCUGUAUAGUCUGCACAGUUGGUGUGGGCUCCUCGUCUUCAUCCUCUAUUUAGUGCAGUGGCUAAUGGGCUUCAGCUUCUUCCUGUUCCCUGGAGCAUCAUUCUCCCUUCGAAACCGAUAUCGCCCACAGCAUAUCUUCUUUGGCGCCACCAUCUUCCUCCUUUCUGUGGGCACAACCCUGCUGGGUAUCAAGGAGGCGCUGCUAUUUGGGCUCAUGAACAAGUACAGUACGUUCCACCCUGAGGGCAUCUUGGCCAACAUCUUGGGCCUGCUGCUGAUCUGCUUUGCUGUGGUUGUGCUCUACAUCCUGACUAGAGAGGCCUGGGUUCGGCCCCCCCGGGCUGAGGAGCAAGCGCUGUCCAUGGACUUCAAGACUCUGACAGAAGGGGACAGCCCCAGCUCUCAGUGAUGGCUGGAGCUUGCCAUGAUGGGAGGAGGGUAGUGGGUGUGUGCUGAGGAACCUCUUCAGUUCCAUGUGGGUGUUGGAAUAGGUCUUUGUAUUCCCUCCUUCCUGUCGUGGUCAUCCUGCUGUCCUUCUCAGAGAUCACAGAAUACCACAGCUAUUCCUGAGGAGUAGCAGGAUAUUAAGGGAAAGGUGCCCCAGGAUUGAUACUGGGGAUAGUCUGAAUGAUACUCAGUGUCUAACCCUGGCUGCUGGAGGCUUAGUUUGUCUCUCCCAGACUUCCUCUUGUCCUUUUGCUUUCCUUCUCCAUACCUUGCCUCUUGGCAAAAUUAGUAGCUUGUCCACCUCGUGCAGCUCUUCCUGCCCUCAAACAGAGCCAGCCCAGGAGCAGGGGACUUGCAGAGAGAGGGUGAAGGAUCCUUAGAGACUUACCGGUCAAAAAGGUGGUUCAGCAUUCAGGUGCUCAAUUAACAAGGUCUUUUGGAGCUGAAAGGGAAACACCAUUAUUUUACAGAUGAGGAAAGUGAGGAAAGUGAUGCCUGAAGUCAUUACUUGCACAGCUGUUGUACCAUUAGCUCUUCUGAAGGUGGCUUUAAAGCAAUGGUUCUAAAACUUUUUGGCUUCAGGACCCCAUUACUCUCUUAAGGUUGAAGACCCCCUAAAAAGCUUUUGUUUAUGUGGGUCAUAACUGUGUUAUUUACUGGAUUAGAAAUUAAAAUGCCUUGCUAUUCUGAAAAUACCUCAUGACAUGUGACCUCACAGAUCCCCUGAAAGAGUCUCAAGGACCACGGGGGUCCCUGGACCACACUUUGAGAACCACUGCUCUAAAGUAAACACAUAUUUUCAAGAAAAGUUCCCUGUUAAGGAACUGGGGUUCUGGGUUCUGAUUUCCUUGGCUAGGAAGCCCGACUUGAGGAGAAGCUGUAGAGCUCUGUAUUGCUAAGAUAGAGGUUGGUUAGGGAUGCUGGGCCUAGCAUUGAGAAGGACAUUCUGGUGGCAGGAGUCUGAGGAAAAGCACCAGGGGCCUCAGGUAUUCACAAAUUGGCACCAAAGGCCAUUCUCCGUGCUUACACCAAAGUCAAACUAAACAUUCAGCUGUUCCAAACAAAGCAUCAGCCUUUGGCAGUGGGAAACAAUUGAGAUCACAUGGAAAACAUAUUUGUGCUCAGAGUGAUGUUCUCAGGGCUAAGUUACGGCCUUGUGACUCUUGUUCUUUUUUGUGCUCCUCUCCCCCACUGCUGUGGUGAUGGAAUGGUGUCAUUAAGUAUUUGGUUUUACACAGGACCAUUAAGCUCCUACAGUGUAGCUUUUUCUCCUUAAAAAAGACAGGUAUAAUAGGGUGUGGGUACUAGUUUUAGGACUGUUUACUCACAUGCUAUAUAGGAUAGGUUUUCUUGCAGCCUGCCUCAAUCUGGCUUUGGAAGGUGGUAGAGGUCUUUUCCCUCUCCACUGGCCUGGAUCUUAGGAGUCCUGGGCACUGGAGGAAGAGGCUGGCUGUUUGCCAAAUAAGUUUGACACUGCCUUGCAAAGGGAAACUGGGGUUCCAAACCCCUUGAUAUUGAAUGAAAGGCUUCAGUUGUUAUAGAACAUGAGGUCUGGUACUGCUUCAUUCACCCUGUGAGCAAAGCUUCUGCCAAGAUGGUAUUAGAGCUGGCUUGGCUUCUGCUUCUCUGUAUUCUACCUGGGGUAUCUGGAAGCAGUAGGGACAAAGUCAGAAUUGUACUAGUCUUUUAAGUGUGUGAGCCCCAGGUUUUAAAUUUGAUGUUCCACUCUGAAAGCGUGUUGUGCUGUAAUCUGAGUCACUGUUUGACCCAAGUCCAAAAAUAACAUGAUUAGAGCAUCAGUCUUGGACUUGGCAAAUAAUUCCCCCUCACCCCCCCAGCCUUUUUUCCCCCCUUUUGCUUGUGAUUUGAACAACACAGCACAAUGUGUGGAUGCUUGUGUUUUACUCUUGACCAGUCUUUGAGGUGGAUGGACUCGGGCAGUUUAUUUAAUGAAGAAAUUGUCUCCAGCAGCAGUACAGCUAGUGUUUCUUUUAAGAGAGGCUGCUCAUUCUGACUGUGCUCCUCUGCGUUCAGAUUUCCAUUAAAAAAUAAUCUUUUCCAUAGGCAGGGGUGUGGGUAGGAAUACUUUCUUUCCAAAUAAAUGAGUCACUUCUCGGGUCAGGCAGUUGUUAAGUCUUUCCUCUCCCCAAUACUGUAGCAGGGGGUUGCCUGUGGGCUCCUCCCUUGAAGGAUGCUCUUCUUUUCUUCCCUUAGACCCUAGGAUAUUAAUGUCUGACUUACAUUGAAAUGCCAGGGUCAGGUACUAUUCCUGUCUAGGUUCUACAGUCCCCUGGCCACUUGAACACCUAAUUUCUAUAUGGGAUUGUUGCAUCUUGGACAAAUUGCCAAAAUAUAAUUAUAUAAUCAUUUUAAACAGAAUGACAGUCCACAGGAAAAUGUAGCUUUUGGCUGAUAGCUUAUUGCCAAGUUAUAUUUUUCUCCCAAAUUUACUUUAAAGGAGCUAAGUUUUAGGUCAAUCAGGAGGCUCUCCAAGUCAGCAAAAUUCUAGGGUAAUUCUUACAGGAAACUUUUGUCUCCUCCACCCCACCCCCCAAGAAAACCCCCCUAUAUUUGGCUAGUAGUCAGUCUUCUGUGAAAUAUGUUUGUGUUGGUGUAAAAAACAGAUAAUUCAAUAAACGUCUGCAGCAAAUCUA